UAUCCUUCACUGUUGUGUGUUUCAGAGACUGGAGCACAAGGAGGUUUUAGUUGGCUUGUUGUUCCUGGUGUUCCCGUUCAUUCCAGCCAGCAACCUCUUCUUCAGGGUGGGUUUUGUGGUGGCGGAGAGAGUCCUUUACAUGCCUAGCAUGGGCUACUGCAUCCUUUUUGUGCACGGACUGAGCAAGCUCUGCACUUGGCUGAAUCGAUGUGGGGCCACCUCCCUGAUUGUGUCCACUGUGUUGCUGCUGUUGCUUUUCUCUUGGAAAACUGUGAAACAGAAUGAAAUUUGGCUGUCCAGAGAGUCCCUAUUCAGGUCUGGAGUUCAAACUCUGCCCCACAAUGCCAAGGUUCACUACAACUAUGCCAAUUUCCUGAAGGACCAAGGUCGGAACAAGGAAGCCAUCUACCACUACAGAACAGCCCUCAAGUUGUAUCCACGCCAUGCAAGUGCCCUCAACAACCUUGGGACACUGAUGAGAGACACAGCAGAGGCAAAGAUGUACUAUCAGAGGGCUCUCCAGCUCCAUCCACAGCAUAACCGGGCUCUUUUCAAUCUGGGGAAUCUCCUUAAGUCUCAGGAGAAAAAGGAAGAAGCUAUCACCUUACUGAAGGAUUCCAUUAAAUAUGGUCCGGAGUUUGCAGAUGCAUAUUCAAGUUUAGCUUCAUUAUUGGCUGAGCAGGAGAGGUUUAAAGAAGCUGAAGAAACAUACCAGGCAGGAAUAAAGAACUGUCCAGACAGCUCAGAUUUACACAACAACUAUGGGGUUUUCUUAGUUGAUACCGGCUUUCCAGAAAAGGCAGUGGCCCAUUACCAACAGGCUAUCAAACUCAGCCCCAGUCAUCACGUGGCCAUGGUGAACUUGGGAAGACUCUACAGGUCACUAGGAGAGAACAGCAUGGCUGAAGAAUGGUACAAGCGCGCCCUGCAGGUGGCACACAAAGCUGAGAUAUUGUCACCUUUGGGAGCGCUGUAUUACAACACCGGCCGAUAUGAAGAGGCUUUGCAGAUUUACCAGGAAGCAGCAGCACUUCAGCCUUCUCAAAGGGAGCUCCGCUUGGCACUGGCUCAGGUUUUGGCUGUGAUGGGUCAGACAAAAGAAGCUGAAAAGAUGACCAAUCAGAUUGUGUCAGAGGAGACCGGGUGCCUUGAAUGCUAUCGCCUCUUGUCAGCAAUCUAUAGCAAGCAGGAGAACCAUGACAAGGCACUUGAUGCUAUAGACAAGGCUCUCCAGCUGAAACCAAAGGACCCAAAAGUCAUUUCUGAACUUUUUUUCACAAAAGGAAACCAACUAAGAGAGCAGAACCUUCUUGACAAAGCUUUUGAGAGCUAUAAAGCGGCUGUGCGACUAAAUCCAGACCAAGCACAGGCCUGGAUGAACAUGGGUGGCAUCCAGCACAUCAAGGGAAACUAUGUGUCUGCAAGAGCGUAUUAUGAGAGAGCCUUACAGCUGGUUCCAGACAGUAAACUGCUGAAGGAAAAUCUUGCCAAAUUGGAUCGCCUAGAAAAACGAUUACAAGAAGUUCAAGAAAAGGAUCAAAAGUAGCACCGUUUGACCCAGCCUCACAGGAUAAUGUGGUGCCUCUGAAAGGGGAAAGAGUGAUGGAAGCCUUGCUUUCACAUCAGUAGGGGGACAACUAAUGAGAUUUUAUCUCAUUCCGAGUUCAGGUGGCACAUUUUGGGACAUCUGCUGGUAGGUCAGUGCUGAAGGACUUGCUUUUCCAUGAAGGAAGACAAAAACAGCAAACAAGGGCACGAAGAUCUGAGAAGGAAGAACGACAAUUACACAUUUUACAGAUUUUUGUUUGGUUUAACUCCAGAGUUCUCUUGAUAGGUCUCUGUGCUUUAGAGACAUGGAGAUCUAAUUCUGUUUCCUAGUUUAGACAUUUAUGUCCCAGAAAUACAGAAGCUUGAAAUGCUAUGAAGGCGGAGCUUCUAUUCUUUGGGGGGUGAAAUAUUUCAAAAGAGGAUAAAUCCUCUGGGGUAAGCCAUUUGGAAAAUCCUACCAAGAAUUGGCUUAUUUAAUUUUCCAGAACUAGAUGUGAGUAUCUAAUAGCUUUUGUAGAAACCUCCAGAAUAUUUGGGGUAAAGGGCUAUUGCUAAGUGAAUUUUAUCUAAUAUCCCCCUAAGAGUAUUACUAGUGCUUUUUUGAGGAAUAAAAAGGAAGCUCCUGGAAUCGUAUGUGGAUACCUUUAUCCCUACGGGAAACUCAAGGAGCUUGACACUCCUAAUUCUCUAUGGAAAUGUUUAAAACUAUUUUACUUUUAUUACAAGUAUUACUAGAGUAGUGGUUCUACUCUAAGAUUUCAAAAGUGCAUUUAAAAAUCAUACAUGUUCCCGCCUGCAAAUAUAUUGUUAUUUUGGUGAAGAAAAAAAAAUAGUAUAUUCUACAUAAAAAAAUUAAAGAUAUUAACUGAGAGAAAUGUCCUACUUUAUUAUCUUAAUAUUCAGGCAUCAUGAGAUUUACUAUUUUUUUGGAAAAUAUAUUUAACCAUUGAGGAACCUUUAUGAUGUAUCACAGAAAUCUUCAUAGACUCUAACUAGAUU